CGAGUUUUGAACAACAAUUGUGAUCUUGUUAGUAUAGAAAAUCAUGUUGCAGUUUAUGCUCUUGUUCAGCCGACAAGGCAAACUUCGGUUACAAAAAUGGUAUGUUGCACACUCGGAUAAGGUCAAGAAGAAGAUCACCAGGGAGCUGAUCACAACUAUUCUCUCUCGUAAACCUAAAAUGUGUUCCUUUUUGGAAUGGAAAGACUGUACGAUUGUUUACAAAAGAUAUGCCAGCUUGUACUUUUGCUGUGCUAUUGAACAGAAUGAUAACGAACUGUUAACCCUGGAAGUGAUUCACAGAUACGUGGAGUUGUUGGACAAGUACUUUGGUAGUGUUUGUGAACUUGACAUCAUUUUCAACUUUGAGAAGGCCUAUUUCAUAUUGGAUGAACUAUUGGUAGGAGGAGAGAUACAGGAAACGUCGAAAAAGAAUGUCCUGAAAGCAAUAGCAGCCCAAGAUGUGCUACAAGAGGACGAAACUCCACAAGGAUUCUUCGAGGAUCACGGGCUCGGAUAGACGGCGGCCGGUGUCGGUGGAACGAGGCGUAUCCUAUCACAGGCCAAAGCUCGCAACGAAUUAUGAUUUACGAAAUAGGCAUUUUAAUUUAGUUUUUUUUUGCUGUUUGAUAUCGACAAAAAAGUAACAAUCACUUUAGCAACCGGGGGAUCAUCUUGUUUCCCCGUCUGAUUUUGUUUACACGUUUAUCGAUCUUAGCAAUCAUCGAUCAUUCGAAAGGAAGGGCUCAAAAAGGUUUACUAACACGCGCGGUUGACAUGCGACUCCCGUUCUACUAACGGCCCGAAAAGCCUGCUGUUUGUUGUUCCGGGCUACAUAUCACAACUCUGCAAUAUUAUUCCUAUGUUGUCCUUCUGUAUGGUUAAACCUUUGUUUUUAGUUUGUAACGAAUCGGCAUUUAAAUUACGUACUCUCGCUGCAGCACGAUUCGAAAAAGAAAAAAAAGGUUGCACACAGGAUAUGGCACCAUUUCAUCAGACACCGUUUUAUGUCUACUCACUCGAAGGUUACACUUUCUCCAUUAAGCCGCGUACGGCUCAGUUUGUACUUAACAGAUGUGUAAGAUAAUUCGCCAACAUUUCCAUCGGCAUCACCCAUCGCAUGUGGUGUGGUCUCGAGCGUGCAUCGGGUUGAAGUUACUGUGUUUGUGCACCCGUCGUCCUAGCACGCCCGAAUGACCAACGUAUUGUGCCGUUUUAAGAUCUCGAUCGCGAUGAAACAGAAGGCGGUUGCAAGACGCUGAAGAAACAGAAAGUAUCACCCGGGUUCAGGUGAUCCAGAAAACGACCUACAUACAUAUAAAGCAUUUAUAGAGUGUAGAUUUAUUCUCGUUGGUAAAUAUGUUAGUAAAGUAAUAGUGAGAUCUUAUUCCUGGUAAAGCAAAAACUUAUCGAUCAUGGUGAACAUACGAUUUCUAAUAAAAUUAGA